AUUCGUCCUAGGGUUGCUGGGGAACUCACUGGGGAUAUUCUGGUAGUACCCUCUAAAGUACUCCAAGAGUACACCCUGAAAGUCCCCAGAGUACCUCCAGCAGCAACACCGUCCAUGCUUCUUCCACGCUUCCGCCUUCAAUGGCCUAAACUGGGCGACAAAGGUUUGUGCGGCACGGUAACUUGCUCUAACUGACAGUUUUCGUUGCCAUGUCUGGUGGUGUAGACUCGUCAGUCGUCGCUUGGCGCCUAAAGCAGCAGGGUCACGAUGUCCAUGGCUUGUUUAUGCGAAACUGGCUAGACGAGUCGUCGCCGGGAGGAUGCACAAGCGAGCGAGACUGGACGCUCGUAAAAAAAGUGGGCGAAAAAUUAGGUAUUCCCGUGACACGACUUAAUUUCGAGCAUGAUUAUUGGCAACGCGUAUUUGAGCCCACAUUAGAGCAUUACCGUCGCGGAUGGACGCCGAAUCCUGAUGUUUUGUGCAAUAGGGAAGUCAAAUUCGGUGCGCUCUUCGAGCAUUUGUCCCACGUCAUGGCCGACUCGAAGCGAGCUUGGUGGGUUGCUACUGGUCAUUACGCGCGCACGUGCAUCGCUCGUGACACAAACGAGACAUGCUUAUUACGACCGACCGACGCGAAAAAAGACCAGACGCUGUUUUUGUGCAACAUUCCCUAUCAGGCCUUGCAGCGCACAAUUUUCCCGCUAUGGCAGCACACAAAGGAGCAAGUGAAACGUGAAGCGAUGCUUCACGGUCUCGAGGAGAGUGCCACGCGGCCUGAAAGCAUGGGGCUCUGCUUCGUGUCGCCGCGUAAUAUCCGCGGCCAUUUUCGGAACUUUCUAGCCGAGUACCUAGAACCAAGCAGCGACCCGCUUCGCGUCAUGUUCCGUGGGGUGUGCGUGGGGGUGUACCCACGGGAUAAGGGAAUAUGGUCUUUUACGGUUGGCGAAAAAUGCGGGCUUUCACUCGCAGCGCUGCAGCGCGUCUCCCAGCUGCCCUGGUACGUGUGGAAGAAAGACGUGGCCACCAAUGCAGUCCACGUCUGUCCCGGCUACAGACACCCUCUGCUCUUUUCGCGUGCCGCCACCUGCUCGGAGUGGGGGUGGGCAAGUCCCUGGUGUAAGCGGGCGUUCGAAGGCGCCGAUGACGUCGCUUGCACUGUCCGCAUACGUCACCAACAACAGCCAGUGCCGGCGCAUUUUCGCAGCCGGCCAGACUGCAUCAGACUGCAGUUUCACCAACCUCAGCGAGGAAUUGCUCCUGGACAGCAUGUCGCUGUGUAUGUAGAUAACCUGUGUGUGGGAGGAGGUCCCAUUGUAUCUCAUACUCUGGCUCACGUCGCGUCAAGCCUCCAUUAACCACAGAAACACGUACUCACUUAUCUUGGCACGCGCCCCUCGCCCCUAUCUCUCCGCGUUCCAGGUGUCCCGUUCGGUUGUUCCGAUUACGUCGUCAUGAUUCUCGGCUUUAAACUGGAACCUGCGUGGCCCAGUUACCGAGCCAGUCGUAGAUAAGGCUUCCCCCCGCUUCAGACCGGUGCUUCGCUCUCACGAGCAUGCGAUUUUUACGCUUAUCUAUGUGGGCUAUGUGGGAUAUCUGCUCAACCGGCAAGGGUAGUUCACACCUCGCGUGAACGCCCAAUGUUUCACCGAGCUUAUCUUUAUUGCUCCACCACCAUGAACGCGCAUUUCUUUAUCGGCUGGUAUUAACUGGCCUGUGAUUGGUCGUCUUAUUUUUGUUUUUGGCGCUGAUACGUCGGCGGCCGGCGUCUGGGCCGCCUGCAUAUAUGAAGCCAACCAAUCAGAGCACGAGUUUAUAUUUAAACCGAUCGGCUCUAACACCCUGACCAUUACGUACGGUGUCUAUAAAAGGGUACGCUUGCCCGCUCUGUUUCUUCACCUUAACAAACCACAAUCUUUGAGGACCAGUCCUUCCUAAUACAAAAGC